AUGAUGCCAACCCUACUGAAAACUUUCCUUUUCUUUCAACUUUUCGCUUGCAUCUACACAAAUUACAAUGCAUUUUUCGCGUUGAUGGUUACGAACCCUACAGUUGUUCAACAGGUGAACCAAAUCGAAACGAAUCUUACAAAAACAAAUGCGCAAUUUGUCAAAUUUGUGCACAACACUUCAUAUCUCCAUAUCAGACUUAACACAAUCGAGCUGAAUGAAACCACACUGCCUUUGAUUCAAAAUUUUCUGAAAGAUCUUCCAAAAGCAAUUUGCAAUGUUUCCUACUCGGUUCCUGCAUUAUUUGAAGGAACAGCAGUAAAAGCUAACACAACACUUCAUGGAAAAGUGAAUGCAAUGUCAAGCACAGUGAUUUCAUCCGUUCAUCAGAAAAUCUACUCAUUGUUAAACGGCACUGGAAUCCCAUCGAUUGAUGAGCAUGUUAUUUUUCAUCCAAAAAUGGAUAUUGUGGAACUGGACGACAGAAAACAUGAAGAUUUGUUGCAGAUUAUGUUCAAUCGCACAGGAGACUUCAAAUUAAACACUGGAGAUUUUAUAAAAGAAAUCGUCUUGUUCAAUGCAACACCGUCUGGAGCAUUCCACGAUGUAAUCGGAAGAGCUCCAUUGGCUCCUUGCUCUAAUUUCACAGUUUUCAAACCAGAACUUCUUUCUAAUCGAGUUCCAAUCUUCACUAAUAUUGAUGACCUGGAUUUCAAGAAAUGA